AUGUCCUUCAUCAAAGUGGAUCCAGCCUCAGACUUCUCCUUCCACAACCCCUAUGGAGUGUUCUCCACGCCCGAUAGUCCCAGACAUCGCCUCGGCGUUGCCAUCGGAGACCGUCUGGACCUGAGCGUGAUCAAGUCUUUAUUCAAGGGUCCUGUGAUGUCCAGACAUCAGGACGUCUUUGACCAGCCCACCCUGAACGCCUUCAUGGCCCUGGGGUACGAGGCGUGGAGGGAGGUCCGGAGGACCCUGCAGGUGCUGCUUUCAGCCAAUGAGAGCACUCUGAGGGACGACGUGGGCCUCCGGACCAGAGCGUUUGUCCACCAGAGUGCAGCCACCAUGCACCUUCCUGCAGACAUCGGCGAUUACACCGACUUCUACUCCUCCAGGGAUCACGCCACCAAUGUCGGCAUCAUGUUCCGGGGAAAGGAGAACGCCCUGAUGCCAAACUGGCUGCGGCUCCCGGUGGGUUACCACGGCAGAGCCUCUUCAGUGGUUGUUUCUGGGACUCCCAUCCGCCGCCCUUCAGGCCAGAUGAGGCCCGACCAGACGAAGCCUCCGGUGUUCGGCCCGUCCAAGCAGCUGGACAUCGAGCUGGAGAUGGCCUUCUUUGUGGGAGGAGGGAAUCGCCUCGGGGAGCCGGUUCCCAUCAGCAAGGCCCACGAGCACAUCUUCGGCAUGGUGCUGAUGAACGACUGGAGCGCCAGAGACAUCCAGGCGUGGGAGUACGUUCCUCUGGGACCUUUCCUGGGGAAGAACUUCGGCACCACCAUCUCGCCCUGGGUGGUCCCCAUGGAGGCCCUCCUACCGUUCGCAGAGCCCAACGCCGUCCAGGAUCCGGAGCCUCUUCCAUACCUGCAGCACAGCGACGCCUACACGUUCAACAUCAACCUGUUUGUGUCUCUAAAAGGACACGACAUGGCCGAGGCUGCGAACAUCUGCAGCUCCAACUUUAAGUACAUGUACUGGACCAUGAAGCAGCAGCUGGCGCAUCACACAGUCAACGGCUGCAACGUCCGACCGGGAGACCUGCUGGCGUCUGGCACCAUCAGUGGACCUGAGCCCGAGAGCUUCGGCUCCAUGCUGGAGCUGUCCUGGAGAGGAUCCAAGAGCAUCGAUCUGGGAGGAGGACAGAGCAGGACGUUCUUGAACGACGGAGAUGAAGUUACCAUCACGGGUCACUGCCAGGGAGACGGGUACAGGGUGGGCUUCGGACCCUGCAGAGGAACCAUCCUCCCUGCCCUGCAGCACUAAAACACACUCACCGUUACCUGCGGGGGAAUCCUUCUGCGGAAGAUUCGCAUUUGGACACCCAUCAUGAAAACCAUCAUUUGACUUUUACUGUAAUUACCGAUGUUACUGACCUUUGGACUGGUUAUCCUGUUUUAUAACAGCUUGGAAUAGGAUACAAACUGCCUCCCAACUUCAAACGCUGCUGACAGAGGGGAUGAGGUCGUCUGUUAAGAACUGUCCAUUGCUUUAACCCAGUGACAUUCCUGGGUGGUCUUCUUUGUUUCCAUCACAGAUUCAAGGCUCUGUAUCAAAAACAAAAAUCCAUCACGAGUUUCACCAGUGUGUGUUCUAUUUCUCCACUAAACUUUACACAACCUUUACUUUGUGGAGAAGACAGACUCUCACACUGAAGGAUGCUGGAUUGCUGCAGAGCGACCAGAGUCUCCUGAACACUGCUUCUUCCUUCAGCGGACGCCGCGUUACUCGGGGAGCUGGAUGGAUGCUGCGAUUCCACCGCGGCAUUUCACUGCAGCUCUCCUCGGCUUUACCUUUCGCUGAAGCGCUGUUUUAAAUUCCACCUCGCAGAGAACUUGCCUUAACUCAUCCAUCACCUUUGACUUCUCCGUAAUAUUCUGCCUCGUCCGCUCAGAUUAGUUCUGCCUUUGGUUUUAUUUUGGGCAGUUUUUUUCUCGACUGUGAGACAUUUAUGGAUCUGUCCUGAAAUAAUGGAGAUAAUAUUUCUAUAUUUCUCUAGUUGAUAAUAUCUUUACAGAUGAGGAUAGAUGUCGUUUUAUCAAUCCUACCAAAGCUUGACAGGUUUUCACAGAAAGCUUUUAAUCCUCCGUUUGAAUGGAGUUUCAAGGGUAACAACAAGUUUUGUGUUUCCUGUUAUUACAGGAUUCAGCAGCUCCUUCGCUCUGCCAGCCUCUCUCUAUAUCUUCCUCUUGAAACGUCGUGCGCCCGGCUCCAGUGAAUAAUUGAUGAGCGUGUCUCUGACUCAGCCGGCGAAGUGAUUCAGUCUGAGUCGUACAAUGACCUUGUUAUUGAAAUCCUCUGAAAUAUUAAUCCGCCAAAGGGAUUCUCCCACACCGCGUUAAAAUGUUACUGCUGUACCAGGAUCAGUGUUAAUGGUGGUUUCAUGUGUUGUGGCUGCCAGUUCGGAAUAAACUUGGUCGUUUUUCA